GAUACGUCUUACUCGCCCCCAUCGCAAUUGGUACCGCAGCUUACCGUGCCAUAUCAUUCACCGAUAAAUAUGGAUAUAUCUUUGCACGGGGAGCCGAAUCUACGAAUUACAAAUGAACCACAAGAUGCAAGGUUCCGAUACAAAACUGAGAGGGAGACAGGCACUCAUGGCAGUCUACGAGGAGUUACGCCUGGCCGUAAUGGGAGCAAGUCAUACCCGACCGUUGAGUUGAGAAACUACACGAAAAAGGCAAGAAUAAUGUGUACCCUGGUGCAAAAGGACAAUACUGACGAGCACCCACACAGUUUGCACGACGAGGACGAAGUGAAUGAGGGCCAGCCGUGUUCCGCUGUCGUACCUGUUGAUAAUCACUACGCAGUGGGUUUUGCGGGCUUGGGUAUCAUACAUCGUCCAAAAAAGGAUAUACCCAUGUGGCUGUUCACAAAAUUUCGAGAAAACAACAGUGACCAAAUUACCGACAACCAGCUCUUGGAGCAAAGCAGAGUGAUGGCAAAGAACAUUGACUUGAACGUCGUAAGACUGAAAUUCAGCGCUCACGAUUAUGAUACGAAUGAACUAAUUUGCUCACCGGUGUACUCGCGACCAAUACUCAACCUGAAAAGCGUUGCCACUAACCAAUUGGCUAUAGAGUACUACAAACCAACGUCUAGCAAUGUCAGAGGAGGUGAAGACAUGAUGUUCUUCACAUCAAAAAUUAGUAAAAAGAAUAUAAUGGUUCGAAUUUACGAGUUGGAUGAAAACGACGAUGAGAUUUGGUCUACUAAUGUUCACAUUUUGCCCCCAAAUGUACACCGCCAAACGGGUAUUUUUUUCGACAUUCCACCGUACAGAGAUCAGAAUAUAACAAAGGAAGUGAAAGUAUAUAUGCAACUGCAGCGUCCUAAUGAUGGUGCCGUGAGCGAGCCUCGUGAGUUCUAUUAUCGUCCUGAUCCCUACUCUGCGUGCCGCAAAAGAGCCAGGCUUAAUAAUUCUGGCGAUUCGGUUCCAAGUACUAGAGGCGUACGUAAUUCUAGAAAUGGUCCAGGAAGAACGGAAAGCUUGCAGGACAUUCCUGUUUCAAAAUCAUCUGUAUGGAGUGGUACUUCCGAUAUUCCAACAUGUGCUAAUACUGCAAGCGUACCAAAUACAGUCAAUAUUUAUAGUAACUUCCACAAUAACACGAGUGCAACGCAUUCAGGAAAUUCUCAACAUAGCGUCUUGCCUCAGCAAAAUCCGAUUAAAAACUACUCUGACUACAUGGGGCAAAUGACUCUAGGAAGUGAACUUGUGACUCAUACUACCACUGCAGGAGCAAAUGUGCCUCAAAAUAACACGUUGCAAGAUGCUCAAGGUAGCCAACUGUAUGGCCUCACUACACAUAGUGAGUCUCAGGGCUUGCUACAAAGUAAAAUAACUGACCCACUUCUUAGUUCUGCUGGAUUUGAUGUCAACUGGCAGAUCUCGCCAACAACGAACUCAACAUAUAAUUCUUUUUCACAAGUUGAUCAAAUGAAUCAAGCUUCACAGGCUACACAUACAACUUUCGACUAUGCUAGUGUCUCCUGCCAACCAACCAACUGUCAAGUAUCACAGCCAUCUAGCAGAGACAACCACGUCCAAAUCGACGCUUUGGGAGGACAUAUAAUUGAAAAUUAUGUUGUGAUACCUGAAGCUGGACAGAGUUAUGGAAAUAAUGCAACUCCGUUCGAUGCCAAUCCCACAAGUUCGAUGUCUUUCGAUGCCAAUCCCACAAAUUCAAUAACUUUGGAAAAUUUUGAAGACUUCAACUUCACCUUGCCUCUAUCUCCCGACCCGUCCUUUGCUAACAAUCCGUGUUUUUUAAAUUACUUCACGGAUUUGGAACGCCUCAGGAAAGACGAUCUGCAGGUGCUUUCCGAUGGCGGCGGUGGUCAGGAUGAAGCUUCGACGUCUGGGCAGUCCAAAUUGAAUGCUUCAACUCGGUCUGCCAGAUACACGAUGGCUGACGCUUUGCAAGCAAAAGUUUUGCUGAAAGACAUAUGCGAUAUGUAUAAAACUAAUCCUUAUAAGAGAAAAGCGGACAUCAGACAGAAAUUGGACAAACUCUUCAAGUUGAGGCUUACCAAUGGCGACACGUUUCUUCACAUGGCUCUGCAGAAUAAUCCCCCAAGUUUUGAAGCGGUUGUUAAAAUCAUAGAUGCAAUGAACAUGAACCAUUUGCUGAACUUGCCAAAUGAUUUGCAUCAAACCAUUUUACAUAUAGCAUGCGCUGUCGAACUACCUUCCAUUGUGACAUUGCUAAUUGAGAAGGGUUGCAAUCCAAUGGCGAGAGACGCCGGAGGCAAUACUGCUAUUCAUUUGGCUGCCAUGUACCAAACAUGCUUGGAACCGCUGUUAGAAGCACUGAAUAGAAACAACGUUGAGUUCGACCUAAAUGCUUAUAACCAAGAGAAGCAGACAGCCCUGCACGUGGCAGUGAUUUACUCGCAAACGUUUAGCGCGGUGCAGUUGCUGGCGGCAGGCGCGAGCGUCGCAAAGGCUAAUUUUGAUGGCCGCACGCCGCUGCAUCUCGCUGCCGCAUAUUCGCGGGUCGACAUCGUAAAGGCGAUUCUCCAGUACGACAAGAGAGAUUUGGAUGCUGUGGAUGGCAGAGGCUGGACUGCACUGCAGAUAGCGUGUAACAUCGAAGUCACCGGCGAUUCGCUCGCAGUCAUCAGGUGUUUGCUUAAUAACGGGGCGAAUCCCACGACUCACAAGGUGGGCACUAUUUCAGCACUAGUGCUGGCUUCGCACCAGCCGCAAAUACGUGCCAUAUUUCAAGAAUUUAACUUCAAGGCAAUGGUACCAGACAAGGAAUCUGAAGAUGAGUUUGAGUCUGCCGAUGAAGGCGACUUUGAAGAGGACGUAACUUCGCAACUAGAGGUUUUGAAAUUGAGCUAAAGACCAAAUGUGCUAAUGUGUUCAUCAUAAGAAGAAAAAUGAAAGCGCAACACGAUUUGUAGUAAAUAUAGUAACAAAUCCAUAUACUUUAUUUGGUAAGGAUA